CGACCACGCCUAGCCCACAAUGCACUGCGGCUGACAUCGAGUCCUCCUCUCUCCCUCCCGACCCUCCAGUCUGUCAUGUCUUGCCCCCUGCGUGUUGGGACCGUGGCGUUGAAGGCCGUUGGACACAGCCGAGGCAAACAGAAUAUUUGGACACUAGAGUUGCCAGUAGACAGAAAGAUGACAAGACGCGAAGCCGGAAAAAGAUUGGCGUACUCUGAGUGAAUUGUUUCCUGAUCGUUUCCCAGUGAGGAAAAAAUGCGGAAUAUUGUCCUCACAAUGAAGUCCAUAUUGUAUGCUGCCAUCUUCACCCUGGUUCUCGUUGCCAUGGUUGCAGGUCAGACCUCGAACGCAACAGUUUCGAGUUCAACUGUCACGGCCAGUAGCACCGGUUCCCACAGCCUCCACAUCGUCGAUCAGCUCAUCAACCAUUCGCGCCACUACUCAGGGACAACCCGGUGGUUCACCAUUGCUGAAACCAGAAAUGGCAAUUCUAGCUUUCUUUGGCAGUCUUGCGGUCUUCCUGGUGUAGCGAAGCUUCAAAUCUUCAUUUCCUUCAUAUCAAAAGUGUUCUUAAAAUGUUUAAAAAAAAAACUGAAGCUACUUGUUGUAGUGUAUUUUAAGUCUUCAAAAUUUAGAGCUAUAUCAACAAAAAUCUCUUUGGAACUUGAACUUUCGAACUAAUGAUCUGUUUCCAAGGGCUGUUGUAUGAAGGAAAGACGUGCAAAACUGAAUGCUUUUGCAGACAGUUAACACUUUUCUGAGAUAGCCUUACCCUUCAGUCUGUGCUUUUUCUGUAAUCUUACAUAAGGUGACCAGAUGUUUCGGGAGCGAAAGCGAGUCGCGUGCCGAUCAUGGUGUCUCCGAAAAAGAGCGCCGAAAAAAGCCAAAAGCCGGGCGAAAGGCAGUAAACUAAGACACAAGUUUGAAAUUAUUUAUCAGUCAACGAUAGGCAAAAGCCAAAACCAAUGGUACAGAUACAAAUCAAUGUACUGUAAUUAGAUUUUGAAAUACAAGCGCGAUAUUGAUAAACUUGUUUAGAUAUAAGCGGAAACAUUUUAUGAGCAGACGGGACACGCCUAAAUCGGAACGUCUGGUCACCUUAUCUUACAUCU